AUGUCCGCAAUUUCUUCAUCUACGCAUUCUACCCCUUCCUCCAAUACUACUACUUCAACACUCAAUCAAAACGUUAAAAAUAAUAAAAUUGAAACGAAAGAUGGUUUAACUACUUCUACUCGAAACAAUUCUGUCGGAACUUUUCCAGAUUCACUCGGUGAUAAUGUAGAAUUUACUACUUCUCCAGUACCCUUAACGCCCAAAGAAAAUUCAACUAAUCAACAACCAUUUGGUAGUAUUAGCAGUAACUCGAGUCAAAAUGCAGAUAACCUUUCCAAGUCUCAUGUCAUUGCACCCAGUUCUCCUAGUCAGCAGCAACAAAACUCAACUGUUUCAAAUAAAAAUAAAAAAACCGAAUUUCCAUAUUUUAAAGUUGGAAUUAGUGAAGAUCGUAACAAGAGAUAUAGGAGAACUAUGGAGGAUGCUCACUCGUUUUUCUAUGAUUUUGCCGGGAUUGAAGGUCAAGGAUUUUUUGCUAUAUUCGAUGGUCAUGCAGGAAAACAAGCGGCCGAUUGGUGUGGAAAUCAUUUUCAUGAGACUUUCCAAGAAGUUCUUCUAAAAAAUCCGACUCUUCCAAUUUCAGAAAUUUUUCACUUGACUUUUCUGCAGGCUGAUAAGCAGCUCAAUCAGAAUGCAGGGAAGCAUUCUGGAUGUACAGCGAUCGCUGCUUUCUUGAGAUCCGAAGAAAUAACGGAAGAUGAAACUGCUAAUGGUAAGAAACCCAUUAGCAAUGGCGUCGAAAAGAAACAAAAGCGCGUAUUGUAUACUGCAAAUGUCGGGGAUGCUCGAGCCGUCCUUAGUCGCAACGGAACAGCCAUUAGAUUAUCUUAUGAUCAUAAAGGAAGUGAUGCACAGGAAGCAAAAAGGAUCGUCGAUGCUGGUGGAUUUGUUAUGAACAAUCGUGUCAAUGGUGUAUUGGCAGUGACUCGUUCAUUGGGAGAUAGUACAAUGAAAGAUUUUGUUGUAGGUAAUCCUUAUACCACAGAAACCGAGAUAACCGAAAAUGAUUCAUUUUUGAUAUUGGCAUGUGAUGGGUUAUGGGAUGUCUGUGAUGAUCAAGAUGCGGUAAACCUUAUUAAAAACAUUGAUGAUCCACAAAUAGCAAGUGCCAAAUUGAUUGAACAUGCUUUAACAAAUUUUAGUACCGAUAAUUUGAGUGUGAUGGUAAUUAGAUUAAUGAGGAAUUAA